AAGUCCUGCAAAACUUCUCCUGGUAGACAUUUUGAAGCUCAUUUUGACUGGAAUGUUGCAAAGAGUGGCUUAGUAAGGAGUACACCGUGACAUUUCUCAAUCUGGCUAAACCUGAGCAUUGUAAACGCUUUGAACUCUCAUAAUAUCUCUUCACUUUUGGUUCCCUCCUUCGGACCCUGGCAGUAACCGUUCUCUCUCUUUGCCCACAAAACAGAAUUACUUUUUCUUGAACCUUGAAAGCCUUGACACAAACACUGCGUUGCAUUGCACUGCUUAUAAAAAGUUGACCAUGUCAGUAUCUCAUCUCCACCAGGAAGAUCCCUCCUUUGCUUUCACUACUACCACUACCACUAGCACUACCACUAGCACUAGCACUACCCCUUCUACCACUAUCACUACCGGCCAAGCCAUGGUAGCAGUAAUGGAGUCUGAUGUGGGCAUUGAGUUUCCUGGGGACCACGAUUUGCUGCUGGGACGUGGAGGAGAGACCAAUUCACACAGUGGAAACCAGCUCUUUCGCAGGUUGAUUGAGGCUCACAAGGCCGUGUACAUUUCCGCACCUCGAAGAAGCAAACCUGACAUUGCCAAGACCCUGGUGGCUCAGUGGCGGGCCAUGGACCCACCAGGAAGAUUCCUUGCCAAGAAAAUGAUGCCAGGACAAAGCAAAAAGCUCUGGUAUGAAAUUGGAGACGAUGCUGCCAGAAAACGCACCAGCAAGUCCCUAGGAGAAAAAAAGGGAGCUCCAAUGGCUCUCUUGGCAUCACCUGGACAUGGACCUUCUAGUGGAACCCUUGUCAGAAACACUUCUGCUGGGUCCAAUUCCACUUCCAGUAAUCACUCAAGCACCAGCAUCAGCACCAGCAUCAGCAUCAGCUCCAGCUUCAAACAACAUCAAGACAUCCAAAAGUUACCCUCAGGUCCAUUGUCCCCACCUGAUACUAGUACCAAGACCACCAAGACACAAGGAAUGGAGUACAUGGCAUUUCUGCAGGGCAUGGCUUCAGACGAACAACCAAGGCCGAUACAGAUGCAGAUGCAGAUACACAAUGCUCUCUCACAGCGAAUUGGACCUCAAAAUCAGGAAUUCUUGGAACAAAAGUUGCCACCAAGAGGACCUGCAUCCCAAGACUUGCCAAAACUAGAAAAGAAUAACUUCCACUUUGACAAGCUAUUGCUGCUCCAACACAGCAGUCACCAGGACCCAAACGUAACCAUGCAGCUGGGACGUCGCAUGCCCACUGCCGCGGAGCUCAUGGAUUCCUGUGUGGGGGAUGGAUUCCUUUUUGACCACCACGAUCAACGCCCACGCCAACUACGUGAACAAAAAAGCCACGCUGGUGCUGCUACUAUUUUAACUACUUCACAAACAGAAAUGGGCAUGGAAAUGAAUCUAUUAUUUCAUGCCAUGCCAGAAGCACAAGCCAAUUUUAACCUCGACGCCACAGCGGAAGCCACAAAAAUGUCAUGGCAAGCACAACUGUAGCCUGCACGCAAGUUUAGUUUUUGGGCAUGGUACCGGUACCGGUGCGUGGAUGGGAUGCAUCAGAACCAAAGAAACGGAUUCAAUCGAAUGGAAUGGAAUGGAAUGGAAUGGAAUG